AUGAAUUUAUAUUGUUUUUCAAUUGAACACUCUAACGGAAAUUGGAACAACGAAAAACUUUAUCUAAUUAAGAAGAAAAUUACAAUGAUACCAACAUUUGAAGAAACUUUUACUCUAGCUAAGUCAAAUUAUGUAAAAGCAUUUGGCAAAGAACCAGAAAUUGCAGCUUGUGCUCCAGGACGUGUUAAUUUGAUUGGCGAACAUAUCGACUAUAAUGAUGGAUUCGUUUUACCAAUGGCUUUGCCAAUGGUUACGAUUAUAGUUGGAGGAAAAAAUGGCACGGAAUCGACAGUAGAUUUGGUAACUACUUGCGAAGGUGCUGAUCUUCCGAAAAGGGAUUUAUUUGAUACAAAAAAUUUGGUCCCUUCAUUUCCAAAAUGGUCAAAUUAUGUGAAAGGUGUGUUAGCUUGUUAUGGUCAGCCUGUUCCAGGUUUUAAUGCACUUAUUGCAACUAAUGUUCCAGUUGGUGGCGGUUUAUCCAGUAGCGCAGCAUUAGAAGUGUCUACUUUAACAUUUAUUGAACAACUAACGGGAAAAUAUAUCGAAAGUGAGGCAAAUAAAGCUUUAAUAUGUCAAAAAGCUGAACAUACUUUUGCUGGAAUGCCAUGUGGUAUAAUGGAUCAAUUUAUAUCGGUAGCUGGAAGAAAAUCAAAUGCUCUAUUAGUAGAUUGUAGAUCAUUGGAAACAUUUCAGAUACCAUUCGAAACAAAUGAUUUGGCGAUAUUAAUUUGUAAUUCAAAUGUUCGUCAUGAGUUAUCUGAUAGUGAAUAUCCGACUAGAAGAAAUCAAUGUGCCAAAGCUCUCAAUUUAAUGGGUCUAAAAAGUUAUAGGGAAACAAAAGAAGAACAUUUGUCAGCUCUUAAUGGUGCCGGGAACGAAAUUUUAUUUAAAAGAGCUAGACAUGUUAUUACGGAAAUAAAACGAACACUAGAAGCAGCAGAAGCAUUAAAAAAUCAAGAUUUUGAAAAAAUGGGUACAUUAAUGACAGAAUCACAUACUUCUCUACGUGAUGAUUUUGAGGUAUCUUGUCGGGAAUUAGAUGUUUUGGUAAAUUCAGCUAUUAAUUGUUCUGGUGUUCUUGGAUCUCGUAUGACUGGUGGUGGAUUUGGUGGUUGUACGGUGACAUUAUUACGUAAAGAUUCUGUACAGAGUGUAAUGGAAAAAAUGCAAGAAGAUUUUGAGAAAGAAUGUAAAAGUGAUUCACAUAAACCUAAUAAAAACAAUAAGAAUCGACAUAAAGUAGAUUUUUAUGUGUGUGAGCCAUCUGAUGGUACGAGAGUAUUACAAGUAUAAGGUC